GCCCAGCGCCGUUCAGUUUGAGAGCGCAUCUCCAAGCAUUCCAGCCACCUUAUAAAAGUGUACAGUAUUCUGCGGUGAAAGCAGACCAUUUCAUUGCCCACAGAACAGUAUCCGCGCGAUCGAAGGGCAGCAUAACCGGUGUGGAGCUGCAUGUCAUUUCGCUCAUCAGGUGAAUUGCUGAAAGGCUAUUCAGCUCCCGUUCUUCUAUAGUCAUGCGCACGUUUCACCGUCCCACUUCAAUAAUUCACACCAAGAUGCCGAUGCCGCGACCUCGGGGCGCGCCUUGUGCGACUCGGCCUUAGAAUCUCUAUGAAAGCCUCAUGUAUCGAAUGGUCAACCACACAGACUUCCCCAAGUUCCACUGUUCUCUUUUUUUCCAUUUCAUUACCAUAUAACCGCUUUCUAAAGCAGCUCACGAUCACUCACGACAUGAAGUCUUUCUUCGUCCUCGCCGCUCUCGUCGCAUCCACCCUCGCUCAGCGUAUUGCCAUUGGCGCCCCCGCGGACGGGACAAAGGUGCCUGCAGGGACUAGCCUUACUGUAGAGGUUGAUCGACCUAACUCGCUUACGGGCUCGCAGGAAGUCGCCAUUGCCAUUGGCCUCUCUUCCUGCUCGAGGUUUCCGAAUGGUUCAUGCGGAUCUGUCGACACUUCCCAGAUUCUGGGUACCAUCCUUUAUGCGGGAGGCUAUUCGCCUAAGUUUGUAGAGAGUAACAAGCCACCCUACCAGAACUUCAGCGUUGACAUUCCUCCUAAUUUCCCUCUCGGAGACGCUUCAUUGACCGUCUCUCACUUCUCCCUUGUUGGCGCUGGUCCAUUCCCUUUCCUCGAGACACAGAACACCACGGUCAACAUCAUCUAAUCCAGACUGGAUGGAGUGUGUAAUGGCGGGCGGUAGUGUUCAUACCAUCAUGCACGGACGGACUUAGCAUUGGACUGUUAGUAUACCCUACGGACAGAAUGUUUUGAGUCUAUAAUACGUUUAGCACCACAGUAGUAUAGUGUCCGUCGUUCGAGUUUAUUGGAAGUCGAAUGUCUUCAUUCUCUCACACGAUGACCAGCGUUCCCAUUGAAUUUCAUGCCUU